GUGAAAAUCCUGUACCGACCUCUCCCCAAAGCAAAGCCUACCUGGAUCAGCUUUGCAGCUGAAGAGGGGUGAGGCGAAGACCCAUCAGCAUGUCAGUCAAUGCAGUUACUGUCUAUCAGAAAGCAGCUUACAAUAGCCAAGUCCCUAGGAGCUACGACUCUCUCUGUUGGAUACCCACCAUUCAACAGGCAAGAUGGCUCGUGAUAUGUCUGAUAAGGAAAUCCUGCAAAUGGAGCUGGCUCAGCUAAAGAUUGAAGUUAGCACAACACGCACAGCUGUGUCAGUAAAUUGCAAGGAGACAAUGGAAUGGGUGGAGGCCCAAACAGAGGGCGACCCACUCAUAAAGGGCGUGUCAGAUGACAAGAACCCCUACAAGGGAGACAAGGGAGGCUGCAUUAUAACCUAGAAUACACAAACCCAGGGAAAAGAAGCCACACAUUUUGAUUUAAUGAGAAACAGCGGAGGGCAUUCAAACAAAUAUGUAAUCUGAUAUUUGGACAGACAGAUAAACAGCUCAGAGACAAGGACAACUACAACAUUUGUGGUGAUGUUGUAUUGUUACAAGACGCCAGAUUUCCCUUUUCCCCAUCUCUGGAUAUUUUCUGUUGAUAUCAUUGUGUCUCUGUCAAAUUGUAAAUAAACACAUCUAGGUGUGUAAGGCUGUUACCUAGCUCAUCUUGUGGUCUUAUUCACUUUACUCUGCUAAAUUAAAAGCACCAUCAUUGUGAUUAGUCUUCUUGCUGCUUGAUGAAACUAUAACAAAUAUUGGGGUAUAGUAAGUAUAAUAAUUGACAUGUAUACUAUGUAUGGAAAGUAUAGUAUCCACAUUUAAACUUGAACAGUCUACGGGAGUUGGGACAGUAUCACGAUGAGACGAUUGAAUCUCAUAGCAACAGUCACACCAUGGAGAAACUGUUUUGUCUUACUUAAACAAGGGACUACACAUGCCCUUCACCUUCUUCUGUGAUAGCUGAAAAAGUUGUCCUGACAGCUGUUGUCCUGACAGCUGUAAAAGUAAUCUCAGUAGUUCUUAGUAAAUGUACAAUAGGAUCUAUGAGUCAGGACAAGGAGGGGGGCUUCUGGGCCUCUACUUUAUAGCUGCCUCCUAACCUCCAAGUACUUAGCUUAUAACCAGUACUUCAGCCCUGGCUUCCAUUUAGAGUUUUUCAUCUACUUAGACCAAAUUUCACCCUCUAGAAAACUGUAUACACACACCCGUUCAAAAGUUUGGGGUCACU